GCAAGAAACCUCAUUGACCAUGACUUCGCUCGCAUGAGGCCCGGCUCUUAAAUUGGUUCAAUCCCUUGUUGCUGAGCAGCCACUUCAUUUUCUAGACUUCACAUUCAAAUCAUCCAUCUCUCUCUUUCGCCCUCACAUCCUUUCCUAAUCUCGCUCAGGGCCUCCUACCUCUGCUGACUUCUAUUUCUCCCAGAAUUCUUCGGAUCUUUCCAAACUAAAAAUGGGGGGGCACUCUUGCUGCUAUAAGCAGAAGCUUCGGAAGGGUCUAUGGUCCCCUGAGGAGGAUGAAAAACUUUUGAGACAUAUUAAUAAGCAUGGCCAUGGCUGUUGGAGCUCUGUUCCUAAGCAAGCCGGCCUGCAGAGGUGUGGUAAGAGCUGUAGGCUGAGGUGGAUCAAUUACCUGAGGCCUGAUUUGAAGAGGGGAACGUUCUCACAGGAAGAAGAAAACCUUAUAAUUGAACUUCACGCAGUAUUGGGAAAUAGAUGGUCUCAAAUUGCGGCGCAAUUGCCCGGAAGAACUGACAAUGAAAUAAAGAAUCUGUGGAAUUCUUGCUUGAAGAAGAAACUGAGGCAAAGAGGCAUCGACCCUGUUACCCACAAACUACUCUCUGAGGUUCAGAAUGGAGACGACAAAGAGAAGGAGCUCAAUGAAUUGAAAGUCCUCAAAUCAGAGAGCCCAAGUUCAGAUGCCACAAAAGCAUAUACACCCACUAUGGAAGGGUGUUCCAGUUUCAAGUAUAACAAUAGCACAAGUAACACCAAUUUGCCAACCAACUGUAGCAGCAAAGAAUUGCUUCCAGGUGGGUUUAAUACGAGCCACACCACUUCAGGACUGAUGGGAAAUUUCCCACUUCAGAUGAAUUAUGCAUCCACUGGUGAUACCUUCUUUGCCAAUUCAAACCCUUCUUCCCAAUGGUUCACCCAAACAGGAAGACCAACAUUCAAUAUGAACCCUGAAUUUGCCUCCAAUUCCAUGUCCACCGUUCUUGCGCCUCCACCCACUUCAUUUCUUGGUGUUCCCUGCGAUGAUGUUUGUGCAGCCUCUUGCGCUGAGAAUGCAUCGCAAUCUCAUUUCUGGGGAUUGACAGAUUCCGAG